AAAAGAUAAUUCCAUCAUAGAGAAGAGAAGAUUCACAAUGUAUGCAACUAAGCCUCUCUCCUUGUACAAAGAGUCCUCAAGCUCUCUCUCACUGCCCCCACUUGAAGGACCCAAUUCAGGGUACCUUGUGAUACAAAAUGAAGAAUCUGUGGAGACUUCUUGUUUUGGAUUGUGCAAGGACACAAAGAUUAGAGAAUUCCCAUUCCCUCAAAACAGGAUGCUGACAGUCAAGUUUACAGAGCACCAUGGGGAGUCCUCACGGGUUAGAUGCUUCCAAGUCUACUUCAUUCCAGUUUUGAAUCAGCCCUUAUCAUCCAAUAAGUACUAUGUUAUAAAAGCAAGAGGGAAACAUAAAGGAGAAGCAUAUACAAGUUCUACAGAGGAGAACAUGGUCAACUGUUGUUUCUGCACUUGUCUAAAAGAUGUGAAAACAAGAGCUUUGGAUCCUCAUGAUCCAUAUCAACAGUUUGAAAUAACUCAUCUGCAACAUUGUUGUAGUAAUGGUUUUAUUGCCAAUUCUGUUGCUCCUGAUGGGUUUCCACCAUACUUCUUAAGGAGACGACAAGGGUGGGAUAUAAAAACUUCAACUCUACUUCAGCCCCCUUUAGGCGACGCUAAUGGCCUCAACAAAUCCCUCCGUGCCCAGCUUCCCAAAUUCGACGUUCCUCUAACAAGUAAAAAUUCUGAGCUUAUGGUCAUAGGGAAGUGGUAUUGUCCUUUUAUGUUUGUAAAGGAAGAAGAUAAGUUUGAAAAAUCAGUUUUUUAUGAGAUGACACUUGAACAACAAUGGGAAAAGAUUUAUGAGUGUGAGAAUAAUCUCAGCAAAAGCAAUGUUGUGAUCUUAGAUGUGAAUGUUCAGACUGAAGUUGCAUUGCUCUUUGGCAAGGAAGCUGUAAACGGCGACCCAGAUGUAGUCAAUGGGGUGAUGUGGUUUCGAUCUCUUACAAAUACAAAAGGGAAAGGCUCCAGUUUGGGAUUGAGUUUAUCAAUCAUUGAGAGGAUGAAAUGGGAGCAAGAAAGAGUGGGCUGGUUGGGUGGACAGCAAAAACAGGGGAGGAUUCAAAGAGUUGAAGAAUUUGGAGAGAAGAUUGGGUGGAAAAAGUAUGCUUGUUAUAUAUUAGUGGAGAGGUUUGCAUUGAAAAGAAUGGAUGGAAGUUUGUUGCUGACUUAUGAGUAUAGGCAUGCACAUCAAAUUCAUAGUAAAUGGGAAUGAGCCCUGGUAUUCCUUAUAGGUUGCAUUCUAUAUAAUCUAGAUAAUUUGAGAUCUGAAUAGUAUUGUAGUGUGUUUAUGAGUGUAAUUCAAGUAAAUACAGCUAGACUUUGAGGUUUGUACUACUUGGUUUCAAUCAUGCAGUCCACAUAUGUAAUGUUUCUAUAUUUCAUACAUAUAAUAUACCAAAGCUAUUGUUGUUAUUAUACUUCCAUGGUACUUGGAAAGGAGAAUUCAUGCCUCCGCGAUAUAUAAAUCAAACUGUUAAA